AUGGAUUACAUCCCACCAAAGGUCAAGCUCAGUGAUGACACCUUCAUCUUCCUAGAUGGCAAGUGGGUGAACGAAAGCUACAUUCAAUCAGCGUUCCCUUCCUCUGCGGAAUCCCACAAGAAGCACUCCAAUAAGGUGUACAACGACUGGUCCCUCUGGGAGGAGAACAAGGCCCUCUGGGAGGAGAACAAGGCUCUCCGAGUGGAAAACCGGGCUCUUCGGGAAGAGAACAAAGCCCUGCAGUGCUUAAGGAUGGAGAACAAAGGCAUCCAGGUGAUCUAUGAUGAGAGCCUCCAGCAGGUCCUCCAGCACCAGAAGAAGCCCUUGGUGGCUCUUCCAGUCAUGGGUGGACUCCAGGAUGGUAUAGAAAACAAACUCCAUCCAGUUAUCCAAGAAGAGAGCAAAGCCCUCCAGCUCCUUCGGGAAAAUAAUGUGGUUUUGAAGGUCUUCCCCGAGGAAAAGAAACCUCCUGCAGCCCCACAGAAGGAAAAGCCGUCCACUCAGUUGUUAGCAAAGGAGGACGUCCCCUCCCAGGACACCAGCCAGACGAUAGUCCAGGAAACUCAAAACAGACCGGCACUGACCGAAGCAGCACAAGCUGCCCAAGAAAGCCAAGAGGAGGUCGGUGCAGUGCAAGUGCACGGAAAAAGCAAAACCUCUUUAUUGCCAUUAGACGAUAAUGAGGCACUUGAUGCUCUCCAGAAAGUGAACCAAACUGUACUCUUUCUCCUAAGAGAAAAACGUGUGGCUAUGGAACAGAAGCUGGACCUCCUGACUAUUCAAGGAGGAAACAAGAUGCUUCAAGAGGAGAACAACAAACUGAAGUUCCAGCAAAAUGCCAUCAAAGGUGCCAUCAGUAAGAUUAUUGCUCAGAUGGGUGUCCUGCAAGAGGAACUGAACUCUUUUACUUCCACCUAA